UUACCUUCCAGUCCACUGAUAAUAAACAUGGAGCGAACAAGUAGCGUUAGGAGAAAAGCCAUGGCCAGACAACAUAAAGGAGAAGUCAUGAUUGCUGGAGAACAACUCAGGUUGAGACUUCAUGAUGGAAAACUUAUAAAGGACCGACGCUAUCAUCUGCGCACGUAUCCCAACUGCUUUGUGGCACAGGAACUUAUAGACUGGCUUGUGAGCCAUAAGGAAGCUCCAGAUCGAGCAACAGCUGUCUGCCUCAUGCAGCACCUCAUGGACCAUGACAUCAUUCACCACGUCUGUGAUAAGAGGACAGUAUUGAAGGAUGCCAAACUGCUGUACCGUUUCCGUAAGGAUGACGGAACAUUUCCCUUCAAUACAGAGGUGAAAAUCUUCAUGCGAGGACAGCGACUCUAUGAACAUCUCAUAGCGGACAAGAACUCCAUUCUGCAGCUAAGAGAGGAGCAUGGUGUUGCAUAUCAGCGCUCCUUUCCUGGCUGCCAGUUGAUUGACUGGCUCCUUCAGAACGGAGAGGCAGAGAGCCGGCGUCGGGGACUGGAGCUGUGUCGCGCAUUGCAGGAGCAUGGCAUCAUUCAACAUGUGGCAAAGAAGCAUGAUUUUUUUGACAGUGGACUGCUCUAUCAGUUCUGCAUCAAUUUUCGCCGCAGACGCCGCCUAUCUGAACUGGUAAAUGAAAGUGAACAAAACGAUGACGAAGGUGUGGCUGUGUCGACACCAGAGGACAACCAUCAUGAUAGUCCAUUUGCUCUGCGCAAAAACCCAUCCCAGGAGGGCAACAGUGCUUUCCAGUCUGUGGGGUCAGGUAAAGAUGUAAAACAGGCUACCAGUGGACGUCGAGGCAGCUUGAAUUCCCUUCAGCUUCACUCUGCUGGAUUUGCACCUCUUGUCCAAAUGUCUUCAGCUUCAGUGGUGAGAUACAAUCCUAAAUCAGUGCUUAGAAGACAUUUUACAUGUGAAGAGAUAUUGGCACCUGGUGCACCUUUCAUCAAGAAAGUGUUGACGGUGAUAGGAGAUGCCCUGGGCUGGGGGUUUGUUGUCAGAGGCAUGGCUCCCUGUUAUGUGCAGGCUGUUGACCCUGAAAGCCCUGCAGCAUCUGCUGGAGUCAAGGUGCGGCAGUUUGUGUGCCAGGUGAACGGACAGUGCGUUCUCUACAUGAACUACAAGACAGUCUCAAGACUGGUGAUGACAGGGCCCCGCAUUGUUGUACUGGAAGUUAUGGAACCACUGGAAUGACAACAACUAUCUUCAAGUCUGUGCCGAGAGGAAAAUUUGGCUGCUUACAGUGGUCUUUUCUUUGCCUCAUCAGAAAUAAAUCUGCCUCUUAUUUGCUUAUUUUGAGAUGACCAAAUUCUGAUCUCUUUCUACCCUGACGAAAUAAGGUGCAAAAUACGCCUAAUAAAUCAGAUGACUUCUUUUGCUGUGCUCAUAGGAUUCUGAGAGGUUUUUCCGCUCUGAGAAAAGAUAAGACAUACAGUUGAGACUUGGAUUUGAUCACUGAGACAAAUUUCUGAAAUUGUGCACACUCAUUCAUAAGUCAAUCAAAAUUUCUUUCUUUCUUUUUCUUGUUAUCUCAUUGGCUGAUUAUUUCAGACAAUGAUUACUACAGUGAAAGAGGAAAAUUAGCAUUUUACCAUCUCAAAUCAGGAUUAGGUUAGAGGUUACAUCUCAGGAGCUGAAUUUAGGAAGUAUGAGGGAAAAUGGUCAAAAUCUCACAUUGAUGUUAUAUUGAGCUCAGUUAGACUAUGUCUGGGAGAAACAGGCUGGACAAGGACAAGAUCUUAUUAUGAAUUUUCCUUUCCUCUGGGUGUCUUAAAGUCUUUGGCUCUUGUUUCAGAUGCAACUACAUUUGCUGGAACUGUAUUAUAAUACUAUGAAUGUAUUUGUUUAUUAAAUUAUAGACUGCUAUAGGCAGGGUACAUGUGCUGAUUUCUGGGGGGAACAAAAUCAAUGAAAAUGGUUACCUGGGUGGCAGCAAGAACAUGAUA